UAGAAAAGCUCAUUGAGAAACAACAGAAACAGAUUGAGAAGGAAAGACGAGAUAAAGAUCAUUGAUGAGUCUCACGGGAUGGGAAGAGAAUGAAAAUUUGAAAGAUGAUGAGCUCCCAUGAAUGCCUGCAAAAAGGGUUUUAGGGUAUCAAGCAGAUUUCCAUUAAUGGCGAAAGGGAGGAAUACCUCCCGGCUUACAGCUAGGCGAUCGUCGACUGUGCCGCUCGUUCUCGCCAUGCUUCUAACCUUAACUCUAGUUCUCCUCAUGCUUCUCACUCUCGGAAUUCUCUCUCUCCCUGUUGUUUCUGAAGAUUCCUCUCCGAUCCGUGAUCGAAUUCACUUUGGCCGUAAAGCUAAACUCUUCUCAAAUCAGGGAAGAAUGGAGAAGAGAGGAGAGCAGUGGGUGGAAAUCAUUUCUUGGGAACCUAGGGCUUUCAUCUAUCAUAACUUUUUGUCCAAGGAGGAAUGCGAAUACUUAAUAGAUCUAGCUAAACCCCAUAUGCGAAAAUCGACUGUUGUUGAUAGCAAAACUGGAAAGAGUAAGGAUAGCAGGGUCCGUACAAGCUCUGGAACAUUUCUGAAGAGAGGAAAGGACAAAACCAUUAUGAAGAUAGAAAAAAGGAUAGCAGACUUCACAUUUAUACCUGUAGAGAAUGGGGAAGGACUACAAAUUCUUCACUAUGAAGUAGGGCAAAAAUAUGAUCCUCAUUAUGACUACUUUGUUGAUGAGUUCAACACCAAAAAUGGGGGCCAGAGGGUAGCUACGCUUCUCAUGUAUCUAUCUGAUGUAGAAGAAGGAGGUGAAACCAUCUUCCCUGCAGCCCAGGGAAAUUAUAGUGCAGUACCAUGGUGGAAUGAACUGUCUGAAUGCGGUAAGAAGGGAUUGUCUGUAAAACCCAAAAUGGGUGAUGCAUUGCUUUUCUGGAGUAUGAGACCUGAUGCCACACUAGAUACAACUAGUUUGCAUGGUGGUUGUCCUGUAAUAAUUGGAAACAAAUGGUCAUCAACAAAAUGGAUGCACGUUGAUGAAUACAAGAUAUGAACUUACUACUGUUUCAAGGUGUAUUAAUAAUAAUAAUCUGAGGAUGGUGAGGAUUCUGUCUGCACAAGGAAGCAGCUCAAGUCUAAGAAAGAAGGCUUAGCAUAUUUUUCAUCUUCUUAGACAAGUGUUACUUCUUAUUAAAGAGGUUAGCUUUGAGUAUUCUUUUUUUUUUUUUUUUUUUUAUCUUGUCUUAGCUAGCUUUCUUCUUCUGGUUAUCAGUUGUUUUCUUUAAAAUUGUAGACAGGUACAUGUAGUAAUGUUAUAAUAGAGCAAUGAUAGAAAUACAAGCAGAUUGACAGUUAUUUUUC